AUGUUCUUGAGCACCAGAGUACCAAGAAUUCCCCGACUCACGAGUGCUGUGAGGCUUAUAAGGCCACUUUCGUUGAAACCUGACUUCUCCAAGUACAAGCUCAAGGAAGGGCCUCCGGGAAAUAUCGUGGGUACCGUCAACGAUGCAUACACACCUCCACAGGCCAAUUUCCACGAAGGUGGACACCACUGGGCAUACGAAAAAAUUGUCAGUACCGCCAUGAUCCCGUUGACGGCGGCUCCAUUUAUACUUGGACCCGACCUCCCGAUCGUCGAUACCGUAUGGGCCGUGACCUGCUUGGUCCACUGUCAUAUGGGGUUCAAGUCUUGCAUUAUCGACUAUAUCCCCAAGCGAGUGUAUGGAGUGUGGCACACUUAUGCCAGUCGGCUUUUGCUGUUGGGAACUGGUGUGGGGUUGUAUGGGAUCUAUCUUCUAGAAACCACCCAAAACGGAGUGUUUACCAUUCUUGCAUCCAUCUGGGGAGCAUAA